AAACAUAACAGCUGUGCACUCGUAACAACUUAAAAAGUUAAUUUAAAAGCUGCCGAAAUUAACAAAAAAUGAAUAAAAUCACUCGUGCCUUUAUCAGUGUCCUCCGACAGAGCAGCUCCUCCGGUGGAAACAGCACACUUCUGGGUCGUCAGCUGUCCUACAAGAGUGAUUUGUCCCUUGACAAGAUAUACCCUAGUGCGAGACUGCAACUCUACACGCCGCCCCCACCGCCUCCUGGCAGCAACAACAAGUUCAACGGCUUCAUCCCCGUAGAGAAGCUAGAGAUCACCUACAGUCGAAGCUCUGGACCGGGUGGCCAGCAUGUGAACACGGUCAACACCAAAGUAGAUCUGCGCUUCAAGCUGGCGGAGGCUGACUGGAUUCCCGAACAAACACGCCAAAAGCUGCUUAAGACCCUCGCCAAUCGGAUUACCAAGGAUGGCUACUUCUACAUCAAGAGCGACCUGACCCGAUCCCAACAAAUGAACCUGGCCGAUGCGUUGGAAAAGCUCCGUACCAUUAUACGCGCCCAAGAGGCAGCAGAAGCCAGUCCACCCAGUGAGGAGACCCUGGAAAAGCUACGUCGCCGCCAGGAGCGAGCAGCACGCGAACGACUUCAACUGAAGAGGGGCCGCGCCCAGGUGAAGUCGGAUCGUCAGGGACCCAGUGGAGUAGACUUCUAAUUGUUAUAUUGUUGCACAAAAAUACACAUUACACAUAGACAAA